UGCUGACAGACCAAAGGAGGAGCCACCCAACCCAUCACCCGCAAUCAACCCAUAUCAAUCACCCUCCUCACGUCCAUCUCACCUUCGUCUCUCACACACACAUAUCUCCUCUGUCAACUACCUUGAACGACACCCAGACACACACAAAAAAGGCAUCCUAGUCAUCUCAACCAUUCGCCCUGCCAUCAAACUAGUCACCCCCCUUGGUAGAGAGUGAAUAAUCCCUCAACCUCGACGCGACUGUAGGCUUCCACCCAACCAAACCUCACCCCGCUCGCCCCUACCCCGACCAAGGCUCGCGCAGCAAAGCCUCCCCGUCACGGCUCCCUUGUGACGUCGAGCACGCAUACAGGCAACAGCCUCUACACACACUUGGUGUUUGCAUUUCCCCAGAUCCACAGCUAGCACUGGGAUUCCAAGAGUCUUGACUCUAGUUGGUCAUUGCCUAGAAUCAACCUGUCCACAUAGACGAUGGCGUUUUAGUGGAAACACUGGCCGCCCUCUAGACACAAAGACUUGUGCGUCGUUUCCCCUCUCUUCAGCAUCCCUCUCUCUACCCGACUUCCCAUCCCAUCGCUCUUUAGCACCACCGCCUAGUAUGCCGGCCAUCAAUCUUGUACCAGAAGCUGGUGACGACGACGCACUAGCUGCGGAUAAGCUCAAGGCAACUGCAGAUCCGAUCGCCGCCAACGGUGUGCAUCUCACUGCCGACGACGCUGCUUCCUUGCAAGCUCAUCGCUCCAUCGCCGACAAUCACAUCGCCCCAAACGCCCCCGCAUCUGUCAAUGUUGUCCCGCCGUCUCCAGUUACGAUUGUUCCGGCAUCGCCUUUGCCUUCCAAGGCCAAGCCAGCCUCAGGCUUGCUCUCCCUCAACGAACUCGCCGCUCCUUUGAUUGAUACCCACCGGUCGACCCCAGAUUCGGUUGCCCCUCAGCCUAGCUCGGUUGGAACUCCAGAACUCCUUCCCGACUCGGCCUUCCCUGUGCCAAAGUUCCGCCCAUUGCCGUCCGCUACCCAGACGGCGAGUGGGGUGGCAAACAAAGACGCACCCGGUAUGACUAUUCCACCGCCGUCGUCCGCGCCGAUGUCUAGAAACGUGUCGGCCAACGGUCCGGCGGCUCACGAGCCGGUGCCUCCUACUCGCACUCAGCGCUCGCUCUCCACGAGCAGCAAGUCGGGUGAGAAGAAGGGCUUCCUCGCCAAGAUGUUCAACCAUGACAAGUCCGAGAAGGUCGCGUUGGCAGUGCCACGCAAUGGUGACUCUCCGCCCGUCACCCCAGCGGCCGGUUCGGAUUCCGAUCUCUCUCGUCCUCCCUCCCGAGCCCCCAGUGUCAAGCGCAACAAGGACGAGGAAAGCCGCCCCAGUGGCCUGGCUCGCCGCCUCUCCGAGCGUUCUAUCUCUGGUUCUACUGCAGCCACAUCAGCUACGGCGACUGGGCCCAAGGAAGAAUCCGGCAGCAAGUUUACGCUUAAGGAUCUCAUUGGUGGCGGCAAGACCGGUGAGAGCAAGCUCACUCGGCGUCCUUCCGACAAGGGCUCGGCACGCGGUUCGGACCGCGGAUCCACCAAGGGCAGCGACUAUGGUGGCGACAACAACAGCACAGCGUCAUUGCUGAAGAAGUACGGUGUUUGUGAUCGUGCGGCUAUCGGCAAGGGUGCUACAGCGGUUGUCCGCCUCGCCCAUAAGUGGGACCGCCGAGAAGAGAAGCUUUAUGCUGUCAAGGAGUUCCGCAAGCGCCGCAAGAACGAAACCGAGAAGGAUUACGUCAAGAAGCUCACAUCCGAGUUCUGUAUUUCAUCGACGCUCCAUCACAUCAACGUUGUGGAGACUGUCGAUCUCGUCCAGGACGAACAGCAACAUUGGUGCGAGGUUAUGGAGUAUUGCCCUGGUGGUGACCUCUAUGCGGCUAUCAAGAAGGGUGGCAUGUCGUCCGGCGAGGUCGAGUGCACCUUCAAGCAGAUUCUUCACGGCAUCCAGUACCUGCACUCGAUGGGUGUCGCCCACCGCGAUAUCAAGCCAGAGAACCUCCUUCUUGACGGACGCGGUCACGUCAAGAUUACCGACUUCGGCGUGUCUGACGUUUUCCGCAUGUGCUGGGAGAAGAAGACCCAUCUCAGCAAGGGCCUGUGCGGCUCCGAGCCUUACAUCGCUCCAGAACUGUUUGAACAGAAGGAAUACGAUGCCCGUCUCGUCGACGUCUGGGCUGCUGCCAUUGUCUUCUAUUGCAUGCAGUUCCAGGAACUUCCGUGGCGCGUCGCCAAGCCCUCAGAUCCCACGUUCGCCACAUACCUGUCGCAAUACUACCCAUCCGGCGCUCGUCCUGAAGGAGCGCCAGCGUGCCCCUCGCCUCUCAACAACCUUAUACCCCGCGAGUGCCGCCACGUAAUCAAGCACAUGCUGGAUCCGGAUCCAAAGACGCGGUGGACUGUGGACGACGCUCUGAAGGAUAAAUGGAUUCAGUCGGUUGAAGUUUGUGUCGAGGGACAACAGAACGGCCACACCCACACGGCUGUCGGUGCCGACAUUGUCCGCGUUUAAAGGCUCGAGAAGUAUACUUAGGGGCUAUUGAUGUUGUUGCACAGUUAUGAAUCACGUUCUUAGAUGUUACUUUUGAAAUGUCUGUGCUGUUUGCGCUUGUCUGUGCCUAAACUUUGCGGCGUACAUCGAGACUUUUAGCA